GGCAAUUCCCUUAUAUAAGGCCCUUUAAACCUUCACUCAUUCGCCUCUUACUCUCUGCUUCCGCGCUCUCUCUCUAAACCCAAGUCAAAAACCCUAGCCUUCCUUUCUUUCUCUCGUCUUCAAUGGAGUUCUGGGGUGUUGAAGUGAAGGCUGGAGAGCCCCUGAGUGUAGUGCCAGACCAAGGCAAUGUGGUGCAUUUGUCACAGGCUUGUCUAGGCGAGUCAAAGAAGGCAGCUGACAGCGUUGUUAUCUAUGGAAAGACUGGAGAGAAGAAGCUUGUGUUGGGACAUCUCAUUCCUGGCCAAAUCCCUCAGUUGUCGUUUGAUUUGGUCUUCGAUGACGAGUUUGAGCUAUCCCACAACUGGAAAAGUGGUAGUGUCCACUUUGCUGGAUAUCAAUCCGUAAUGGGAGAUGAUGAAUCGGAUGAUGAGUUUGAAUCAGAGUCAGAAGAAGAGGAGGAAGAACUCCCAAUGAUUGCUGCAGAGAAUGGAAAAGUUGAAAAUGCAAAACCAGCUAUAGCCAAGAGCAAUGCUGUCAAACCUGAAUCUUCUGGAAAGCAAAAGGUUAAGAUUGAAGAACCAAUCAAAGUCGAGGCUGAUGAAGAUGAUUCCGCUUCUGACAUGGAUGACUCAGAUGACUUAUUGGAUGAAGAUGACUCAUCGGAUGAUGAUGAUGAUGAAAGUGAGGAUGAUUCUGAUGAGGAAGAUGAGGAGACACCUACUCCUAAGAAGCCUGAAUCUAAGAAAAGAGCCCAGGUCUCUGGAUCAGUCAAAACUCCAGUUUCUGCUAAAAAGGCAAAGAUAGUCACCAGUACUCCUCAGAAGACUGAUGGUAAGAAGGGCGGCCACACAGAUACUCCACACCCUGCAAAGAAGGGAAAGACUCCUGCUACUGAUAAAUCCAAGACACAAACUCCAAAGUCUGCUGGUGGCAAUUUCUCCUGCGGUUCCUGCAGCAAGUCAUUUGGUUCAGAUGGUGCUCUUCAGUCUCACAACAAGGCUAAGCAUAGUGCUGGAAAGUAGAAUGGAAAUGUGGCUGAAGCACAGGUUGUUUUUGAUAUAUAGUAAUUUUGGAAUCGAGAGUACAGGUUGAAGGGUUUUGGCAUGAGCGGAUUGUCCUCGGGAUUUAUUUAUCGCCUUGUUUUGUUCAACAUUUAACUGGAUGGUUUAGUGUGCUACUUUGGAUUGUUUCUCUUAAUUAUUAAUUAGGCGUUAUAUUUAAAUCCCUAUUUCUUUUUA